GCCGCAAAGCGAGUUUCGUCCUCUGACAAGAAGACCGGACGGAGACAGCUGCCGUGGCGUUGUUUACUGUGAUAAAUGGGAUUCUUCCCUGAAAACCCCGGAGGUGGCGUUUGUCUGGUUGUAAAUAAUGAGACAGACCGCAAUGGAUUUCAGCUCCUCGUCGGUGUUCGAUCAGCACAAAGACAUACUCCUCCCCUGCAGGUGAUGCAGCAGAAGAGAUUGACUUGACUGUGGUUUACCAAGCAGCCGCUAAUGGCGAUGUGAACACACUAACAGCAGUGAUUCGAGAAGAUCCUUCCAUCCUGGAGUGCUGCGACAGCGAGGGUUGCACACCUUUGAUGCAUGCUGUGUCAGGACGCCAGGUUGAUACAGUGAAGCUUCUGUUGAAGAUGGGAGCCAAUAUUAAUAUUCAAGAUGCUUGUGGACGUACCAGUUUAUCUCUGGCAACUUAUCUGGGGUGGCUGGAAGGCUGUGUCAGCCUGCUCAGAAAUGGUGCUAAGCAAAACAUACCUGACAAAAAUGGGAGGUUGCCACUACAUGCUGCUACCGCAGAGCCUGACGUGAGGCUUCUGAACGUGCUUCUGCAGCAGUCAAAUCUUAGUGAAAUUAAUCAUCAGGACAAUGAGGGAAUGACUUCGCUCCACUGGGCUGCUUUCCACAACAGGCCCCAGCACACCCAGACUCUGCUGCACAAGGGAGCAGACCCGACUCUGGUGGACAAAGACUUCAAAACAGCUCUGCACUGGGCAGUACAGAGUGGCAACAGGAUUCUGUGUUCCAUCAUUCUGGACCACUACCAGGGACCAUCAAUAAUAAACUAUGAUGACGAGAAUGGCAAAACAUGUAUGCACAUUGCUGCUGCUGCAGGCUACAGUGAUAUUAUCAGUGAGCUGGCUAAAGUCCCAGAGUGCAACCUGCAGGCCCUUGAUGUGGAUGACAGGACGCCUUUGCACUGGGCUGCAGCAGCAGGGAAAGCUGACUGUGUGCAGACGCUGCUAGAACUGGGGAUAGACAGCAGCCCUCGAGACAUCAAUGAAAACACUCCUCUGACAUAUGCAAUGUACUGUGGGCAUACAGCAUGCAUCAAGCUGCUGUCUCAGGAGAGCAGUAGAUCUGAGCCAAUUCAUCAGUUUUCCUCCCAGAACAACAGAUUCCUAAAGAAAGAAGGACGAUUCAGUAUGCUGAACCACAUCUUCUCCUGCAAAAAGAAGAAAGAUGAUCAGAAAACUAGUCAGAAGGAGAGAAGCAGAGACCAAUAUCCUACAGAAGAGACCUCAGAAGUAGAUGACAUCAUCACCACUUUUGACUGCAUUAUGGACACAAAUUGCAGAGACAAUCCAGAUGAGUGUGUGACCACCACUGACUUUAAAAGAAGGAGCACAGACACAAAGUACCUUAUACCAGAAAAGAAGCAACCAGAGUGUAAGGGACUUCUGCCCGUCAGAACCCAGAGCCUCCCCCCAAUCACUGCAGGCAAUUCCUUCCUAACUGCUUCCCAGAGCACAACUUCAAGCUUCUCCUCCAGCACCAGCACCCACCAUUUUGCACACAAGUCUCAAAAGAGUAGGAGUGAACACAACUUGCUGGACCACAGAAGCAGCUGCCAGGCUUUGUUGGAUGAUCCCUGGAACACAGACUCUAACCAACUACUCUCCUACAAAUUCUGUAAUCGGACUCCUUCAGACAAACUGAUAAAUGGCUUAAACUCUGACAGAUCUCACCAUGUGCUUUUGUGCCCUCCCCGCCUUCCCUCACUUCCCAGUUCUCCAUCAGGUAAAAAUUUUCAACAGAUGUCUGUAGACCAACCCAAGAUAAAAAAUCUUACUCCUGUACAGAACAGCCUAGCUCCCAUACCCAACCACUAUGCUCACAAAAUCCAGCUACCAUCUCAGGGUGCUAAGAAGUUUAAGUCACUGCCUUUAAAUUCCCUAAGGACUGGUGCAGUUACUCUACCACCAGCCCCAACCUCCAGAUCCCAGAAAAGGGGACAUUCUCAGAGUCAUUUGCUCUAUUCUCUCUUGCCUGGUCUAUCAGGAGAGCCUCUGAAACCAAGCUGUGUCCUACCUGCUAUCCCAAGCCAGAAGAAAUCUAACCCUGCAGAAGAGCUUGAGAAAUCUCUCACCAAACCAGACACUGAAAAUUAACUCAUUACACUGGCCUCACUCAGUUGAAAUAUAUCUAAGAGCUUGUUACAAGGUAACUGUACAGUAAAAUCUCAUUAAUUUUGCACUAAUGAUGCUCUUGUGAACUGGAGGGUAAAUGAACAAAAAACAAGAAAGGGUAGCACAUCACAAAAGCUGCACUGU